ACAAAAGUUUCACAAUUACAUCGAUCAUUUAUGGGACAAAUUGCCCAAACAUAUAAAAACAGAUUCGGAGGUUCAACAGUACCGUCGGUGUUUCAAACAUUAUAAUUUACCGUCUCAGCAUACGCAUAUAGACGGUCCGGCACCGUUGAGAAAGAAUUGCUGCGAAUGCCUGCGAAAGGCUGCGGUUUGUUAAAUCGCGCGAUUAAUGCACUUCCUUUCGAAUUACAUAUCCCCGGUUAUCAGUAUUGCGGUCCAGGAACACGUUUAGAAGAGCGAUUGGCUCGAGGUGACCGAGGCAUCAAUCCAUUGGAUGCGGCGUGUCGUGAGCAUGAUAUAGCCUAUUCGCACAGCAACGAUCUCGCGAAAAGACACGUGGCUGAUAAUAUACUCGCCUCGAAAGCACGGAAACGCAUUACAGCGAGAGAUUCAAGUCUCGGAGAGAAAGCUGCUGCGACAGCAAUUUGGUCGGCUAUGAAAACCAAGAUGAAAAUUGGUAUGGGUCUGAAAUCAAAGAAGAAAAGAAGAAGACAACGCGCAAGCGGAUACUUCCGGUAGCAAAACGUGGUGGUAUCUUACCCGUCCUGCCAUUGUUGGGAGUUCUCGGGUCAUUGGCCAAAGAAGCGGCUGGAGUAGAAAAGGCCGUAAAUGAUAACAAAGCGGCACAGCGUCAACUGGAGGAAUUAAAACGUCAUAAUCGUGUCAUGGAAGGUCAUGGAGUUUAUCUCGCUCCGUAUAAGCGCGGCGGAGCAGUAUCAAGAAAAAAAAAAA